AUGCUGAGGAUUCUUUGCCUAGUCUCGUGUGCACUGCUAAUACCCUCGAGGGCUGAUCCAGGGGCCCUUAUGAAGCUGGGAAUGGAGUUCAUGAACAAAGCUGUGAAGGAUGCCAUGGAUGAGAGCCAGAUAUUGGAAAAAAUGGCAGCCAUGGCUGGCCAGAAAAAUUCUGGGGUCAAACCGAUUAAGGGCAUGACAGGCAUAAAGGUGAAAGAUGUCCGGCCUCCCAUCAUCACACUGGAGUUUCUUCCAGAGGUGGGAAUUUUCCAGUGUGUGUCAACUCAGAUCACCAUCACAGGGAAGAGCUUUAUAGGUGGGACAAUGGAAAUCAUUGUAGUCGUGAACAUUACGGCCACCAACCGUCUGUCACUGGAUGAGGCAACAGGGCUGCCUGCAUUCAACAGUGAAGGAUGUCAGAUCAUUUUGGUCAACGUCAAAACCAACCUGCCCAGCAACAUGCUUCCUAAAGUGGUCAACAAGUUCCUGGACAGCACACUCCAGAAGGUUCUCCCUGGCAUGAUGUGUCCUGCAAUUGAUACUGUCCUGGAGUUUGUGAACCACAAGUGGACUCACCUCAUGGAUCCCAGACCGGUGGGUGAAGCUGGAAGCAUCAAGUAUGUUCUUUCAGGCACCCCAAUCACCACAGAAAAGUACAUAGAAGUGGAUUUCAGUCCUGUAGUCCAGAGAGAGGAUGGUGAUACCAUUGAUCUGCCUGAAGAUGGAGCUGCCAUCACAGUCCUGGAAGAUUAUCCAGAUGGUUCAUCCCAGUUAGUGCUCUCAGCAGCAUUUUUUGCUGCUGAGUUCACCCUUUUACAGAAAUCUUUUGAUGUGGACAUCAAAGGCAAAACUAUUGGCAAGCUCCCUCCACAUACAACCAAAACAGUGGCUCGCUUUGUGCCUCGGGUUCGUAAGGCCUAUCGCAAAUCAGUGCCUUUGAUGACCCAAAUCAGAAUCAAUAAGCCCCCCAAAGUCAGCAUGAAACCAGACAAGAGCCAGUUGCACCUCCAUGGCACAAUAGAGAUGUUUGCUGUUUCUCCCAAGUCAGGUCCCUCCUCCAUGUUUGUUCUAGAAACUCACUUAAGCUUGGAUAUUCAGUAUUCAUUGAGUGAAGACAAAGUGCACAUGGUCACAUCCAUGGACAAAUUGCUGGAUCUUUCUGUGGCAUCUUCUUCCAUUGGAUCUUUUAAGGUGAAAAAGCUGAAAGAAUUUUUAACUAGUUUAAUCCAAGAGGCUUAUGUACCCAUCAUCAAUGGUGCACUUGAAGUUGGGUUCCCUCUUCCAGAAUUCUUGGACAUGACGUAUGGUCAAUCAGAGUUGGCCAUUGCAGAGAAUACCCUGGUGGUGGACCUGCGGAAACCCUAGGGGAGAGGAGGAGCUGCUCAUUGCCCAGGAUACCUGCUUCAGGUCCAGAGAGCCAAGAGUCCAUCCCCUUUCCAGACUCCAGUCUUCUCCAUUUUGCUUAUAAAUGUUUUUCCUCAGAUAAAGAGAGGGAAAAGGCUUUGCCUAUGGCCCAUCCUACUAACAGGAUAAAUGGCUUCACUGGAAUAUGACUGACAUCUUUGCUUGCAGCAUAUCUACCCUCAUGAGCAUCUCUCCUUCUCUCCACAUGAUCACUUUAGAGACCUGGUUUUAGGUCUGGUUCUGCCACUCCUUCAUUGUUUGACCCUUGAUAAAUCACAUUGCACAUGUGACCUGAAACUUAAGCCCCUAGGCCAAUACACUCCCCUACUCUGGGGAUGUAGCUUGUGGCCCUGGAAGGAGAGAUACUGGGCAGUAGCGGUUGGCAGUGGGUGAUUGCUAAUACUUGUAUUGAGGGUGAUGGUAGAUGUAUGAAUGAAGCAGGGUAAGAGAAAUAUUAAGAGAGAGAGAGAGAGAGAGACAGAGAUGAUAGAAAGCAAAAGUCAAUGGCAUCCCCCACUUCCCCUCUAGUCUGCAGCUGGAUGUGGUUAAAAGCAAGCAGACCUAUAGUGAUUCUCAGUGGGAAGGAACCUCAGAGGGUGUUUAGUCCAACCCCAUUGCCCAUCGGUUACCACAAGGGAGAAUUUUCUACAAUGGUUCCUCAUUGACCACUUUUUUUUCUGUCCAAUUGUCCAUCUUCAAUCAUCAUUAGAAAUAAU